UUGUUACGUGUAACGUCUAAACUUGACCGUAGCGGGCUGAAGUUUUCUUGGACCUUCGUCCGCAUUAAAAACAGCAUCUUGAGGAGCUGCAGGAGGACAGCGUGGCAGAGUGACGGUGGGAGUCAUGCCCAGCAGCCGGGUGACGGUGACAGAAGUGGGGGAGUUUCUUAAAAACCCUCCGAGCGGUUUCUCCGUGGAGACGCUCGCUUCGUGUUUCCGAGUCAACAACGACGACGGAAACAAAAACCUCGUCCUGAUCGACGAGUUCGAGUCCAGCAAAGGGAGGAUAGUUUUCCACAACUCCCUGGGAAGAAAAGUGAAAAUGCAGAAUUUAUGGGAGUACACGCGCAUGAGAAGGAGUCUGCUGUCCAAGAGGAUCUAUCUGCGCAUGUGUGUCUGCGAGCCAAGGCUCCCAGAGAGCACGAAGAAGGAAACAAAUCAGCCCAGAGCAGCCCAGUACGUGGUAUCAAUCGAUGGUGGGGACCCUUUCAUCCGGUGGCAGAUGGAGAGGGGUCUGGACUGGACCAUCUCCUCCGUGGCUGGAGAGAGCUACAGGGUGGACGUGAGCAGGACUUUGUGGUGUUUCUUUUGUUUGGGACGCUUUUAUAUUGACUUGACAGAAGCUUUGGAGAGCUUGGUUCCUGAAGGCAUCGUCUCAGAGGACCUGAUGAGAUGUAAACCUGUGUGGAAGGACGCCUGCUUCACCCUCAAAUAUUACUGCGACGCCCUCUUUGACUUUCCGCACUGGUUUGGCUUCAGCAAAAGAGCCUUUAAGCUGAGACUGACAAAAAACAGCUGCGGGUGA